AUGAUGACGGAAGAACCGAAGGUCCUCCGGAAGGACCAGCUCGAGGUCAGCUUGCACAAUGAGAAGAAACUGAUUAAGGAGGGGGCAAUCAAAGACGACAAUCCUCUGGACCUUAGCGAGCCGUUUCGCGAGCUAUGCAAUGCUUGUCGUAAGGGGGACCUCAAAGUUUGUCAAGAGAAGAUCACAGAGGGAGUCAAUAUUAACGCCCGUGAUCCCUAUGACUACACCCCCUUGAUUCUGGCGAGUCUCUGCGGACAUUACGAGGUUGUGCAGCUGCUCCUCGAGUCCGGUGCUCUAUGUGAGCGUGACACAUUUCAAGGCGAGAGAUGUCUAUAUAAUGCAUUGAACGACCGUAUACGGAACCUGUUAUUGGAGUAUGAUUAUUCGAAAUCGACGAAUCCACUUCAGCCUCUGGCCGCGCAUAUCACUUCUCUCCUUACUCGUGAAACUCCGAUAACGUCAGACAUUGUUGUCACGGCAGCUGAUGAAUCACUACACCUUCACAAGUUUAUUUUGGCUGCACGGUCGCCGUACUUUCAUCGAAAGUUGGAGUCUGCCCCUGAUACGUCAACAUGGAGACUUCCAAAUACGAUUCCACCAGAGGCUUUUGGAACAGCAAUCAAAUACCUCUAUUUCGGAGAAGCCCCUCGGGACUUGAGAAGCGGCCCCGGCACGGGAUUUACGGAAUCGGAAGUUUUCGCGGGCAUCGACAAGAUAGCCAAGCAUCUAGAGAUCAAUACCCUUGUGGAUAGUAUACUUGACAGUGGAGAUAGGAGGCUUGCCAGACAGAGACGCACCAUGGAAGUUGCGAAAGGACGAGACCAACUAGAGGAGUGGUUCCGGGCGAAUGUGCUCAAGCAUAAAGUGACGGUAGAGACAGCAAAGGCAGACGAUAUCAAGUGGGACAGGGACAAUGCCAUUUAUGCUGAUGUUCUUCUCCGAGCGGAUGAACUCCCUGAGGACGACGAGGAAAUUGUGGAGGCAUCUGAGCUGACUGAGGCCGAACGCGGCCGCUCCAAUGGAUCUGGCAGACGCGAACCGAUGUCUACUCUGUUCCCUUGUCAUCGGGCAAUGCUUCUGCGAUCGGAGUUCUUUCAAACCAUGUUCGCCUCCCCAUUCAGGGAAGCCCACAUGAAGGAUCACCUCAAUGUCAUCAGCGUGGACUGCUCCCCGGAUGUCCUGGAGAUUGUACUGACCUUCCUCUAUACGGAGCGGGCUGACUUCCCGCUCGAUAUUGCGGUCGACGUUCUCUUCGCGUCGGACAUGCUGUUUAUUGAAAAGCUCAAAACAAAGGCAGCCAUUGUCAUCAGCACACUGGGUAGUGGCAACAUGUCACAGGCGGAAGCUGCCAGGACACGCGGUACCAAGGAAGAGGAUGAUCUAGACAUUUAUGCCAUCAUUAAGGCUGCGUGGUUGACCCGUGUUCAGCGACUCGAAGAGUUUGCUGCGCGAUACCUCGCGUACCGGUUGGAAGCUCACAUUGAUUCGCCUGAGUUUGCAGAACUUAUCCAAGAGUCGGCGUCCCGCAUCCAGUCCCGACAGGAAACGGAUUCCAUCGAACUGUUGGAUGAUAUCCGCUUCUACCUGGGUGAGCGAUUCAGGCUGCGGUUCGAUGACGCCGGUAUCGAUGAAAUGAUGGAGCCCACGCAGCCGGUGGCUGAUGGUGUUGAGGUCAACGGAGACGUUGAAAAAGUCACAGAGGGAGUGGAGGCAAUCCAACUUUCAAAGGAAGGCUCUGGGGAUAGAACGAGCGUGGCUGUUCCGCCAGAACAGGCCGCUUUGAAGGUACAGGAGCAGCCACUCAUCCGUACACUGGAUGGUGAGGUCGCGGUCGACGAGUUCGACCAAGAUGCGAUUAACUAUCAGAUCCUGAUGGAGAAGCUCGACAGGAUCCUAGAGAACUUGAACCUUGACGCCUAG